AUGGAGAGCGUCCCCUACCUUGAGUUCGUGGUGGGAUUCACCAUUCUGGUGUACGUGUUCCACACGUUCUUGGACGUUCGACAGUACAAGGCUUUGAAGUUGCCUACUCCUCCAGAGUCGGUGGCGCACCUCUUUAAAGGCGAUCUAUAUGAGAAGACGCAGAUCUAUUCCUUGGACAAGUGGUGGUUUUCGAUGGCCCACGAUGCCUGGGAGCUAGUGACAGGGAUAUUGACGCUAGCAUGUGGGUUCCUGCCCUGGCUUUGGCAUGCUGUGUCAGCUGCAUUCUCAAAGGUUGACUGGGCCAAGGACGGGGAGAUCGUGCACACGAUCGCCUUUGUGCUGAUUUUGUCUGCAGUGUCCAUUGCGAUGGACCUGCCAUGGGGGCUAUACAGGACAUUUGUUCUGGAAGAACGGCAUGGUUUCAACAAGCAGACACCCCUCAUUUACUUCACCGACUUGUUGAAACAGAUGCUGCUGGGGCUAUUGCUGAUCCCUCCCAUAGUUGGCGUGGUGACAUACAUCCUCAUCAACGCGGGGAGGUGGCUGCCUCUGUACCUGUGGGGCUUCUUCUUUGUGCUAGUGCUGUGUCUGAUGACCAUCUAUCCGGUGCUCAUUGCACCACUUUUCAACAAGUUCGAGAUCUUGGAGGAGGGCAGCCUGAAGGUUCAGAUUGAGGAGCUUGCGUCCUCACUGAAGUUCCCCUUGAAGAAAGUGUACCAGAUGGAUGGGUGCAAGAGGAGUGCGCACUCCAAUGCCUACAUGUAUGGCUUCUUCAACAACAAGCGCAUCGUGCUGUACGACACACUCAUCCAGCAGUGCACGAAUGAAGAAGUCGUCUCCGUACUGGCCCACGAGCUGGGUCAUUGGAAGAUGAGGCACACGAUGAUGUCGUUUGCCAUGGGCCAGGCGCUGGUGUUGCUUCAGGUCCUGCUCUUCACCUUCGUCCGCGAUUCUCAGCCCCUGUUCAGGUCAUUUGGCUUCCUACACGCCCAGCCGGCCUUCGUGUCAUUCAUUCUGUUCCAGUUCAUCAGCGCCCCAAUUGAGGAGGUGCUGCAUUUUGUGCAGAACGUGGUGAGCCGGAUGUUUGAAUUCCAAGCCGACGCCUUCGCCGUGGGCCACGGCCACGGCGAGCAGCUGCAGGCGGCGCUUGUCAAACUGGAGGAAAAGAACAAGUCGCCGCUGAACGUCGACCGGUGGUUUUCGUCCUACCACUACUCGCAUCCGCCGCUGCCCGAACGCCUGGAGGCCAUCCGGACAUCCGUCAAGAAAAGGACAUAA